GCUAAGAAGAAAUGACAUAGGAAUAGGACACAUAAAAUUACCUUACCUUCUCUAAUAAUCAUUCCAUUUUGUCAAGAUGCUAAAUUCAUAUUUUAAUUAGUAGUUGGAAAAUUUGAAAUAGUAACAAGAUUCUAACCAUUUGGAGUAAAACAAAGUAAUGGAAGAGAAGUGGCCAGCUGGGAAACAUAAACUAUUGCAAAUACAUCAAAAUGAAACCAAUUGAAUAUUUGAAUUGGUCCUUCAUGAUGGCUACCCCUUAACAAUUCAAGGACACUAUAAAUACUUAGUCUCUCAUUCAUCUUUUCACAGUAAUCACUAACACCAACAUCUCUUUUUUUCUUCUAUCUUUUCUUCUACUUCUAAAGAAUAUUAGUGAGGAUAUCUAAUAACAUAAGUAUUGGAGGUGUCAAGUUUUUUCUUUCUACCUAUGACUGCUAUGGCCAGUAGCCCCAAAAGGGGUCAUAACUGGCCACCGAUGGCAAUGGCAUUGGCCAUUGUUUUGAUUUCCACUACUGUGGUUUCUGCUGCUGCAGAUAGUUAUAUUUACUCUUCUCCUCCACCACCUUAUGAGUACAAGUCACCGCCACCACCGUCUCCUUCACCUCCACCACCUUAUGUGUACAAGUCACCACCACCUCCACCUUAUGAACACAAGGCUCCAUCUUAUGAAUACAAGUCACCACCUCCACCAUCACCCUCACCUCCACCACCAUAUGUGCACAAGUCACCACCAUAUGUAUACAAGUCACCACCUCCUCCAUCACCAUCACCACCACCACCAUAUGUAUACAAGUCACCACCUCCACCUCCUUAUGUGUACAAGUCUCCACCACCUCCACCAUAUGUGCACAAGUCACCACCAUAUGUAUACAAGUCACCACCUCCUCCAUCUCCAUCACCACCACCACCAUAUGUGUACAAGUCACCACCUCCACCACCUUAUGUGUACAAGUCUCCACCACCUCCACCAUAUGUGCACAAGGACCCACCAUAUGUCUACAAGUCACCACCUCCUCCAUCCCCAUCACCACCCCCUCCAUAUGUGUACAAGUCACCACCUCCACCUCCCUAUGUGUACAAGUCUCCACCACCUCCACCAUACGUGCACAAGGAUCCACCAUAUGUGUACAAGUCACCUCCUCCUCCUUCCCCAUCACCACCACCUCCAUAUGUGUACAAGUCACCACCUCCACCACCUUACGUGUACAAGUCACCACCUCCCCCACCUUAUGAACACAAAUCACCACCAUACUAUUACAAGAGUCCUCCACCACCCUCCCCCUCACCUCCACCUCCUUACUACUACAAAUCUCCUCCACCACCCUCACCUUCCCCUCCCCCACCAUACUAUUACAAGUCUCCUCCACCACCAUCACCCUCACCCCCACCUCCAUAUUACUACAAGUCUCCCCCACCCCCUUCACCCUCCCCUCCCCCACCAUACUAUUACAAGUCUCCUCCACCCCCAUAUAUUCACAAGGACCCACCAUACUAUUACAAGUCCCCACCGCCACCUUCCCCAUCUCCUCCACCACCCUACUACUAUAAGUCUCCCCCACCACCUUCACCAUCUCCUCCACCACCAUACUACUACAAAUCUCCACCUCCUCCAUCUCCUAUUCCCCAUACUCCUUACUACUACAAGUCCCCACCACCACCCAAGGUCCUUCCACCACCAUACUAUUACAACUCUCCUCCUCCACCAGUUGCAUAUCCUCACCCACAUCCCUACCACCACUCAUUGAUUGUGAAGGUAGUCGGUAAAGUCUACAGCUUCAGGUGCUAUGACUGGGAGUAUCCUGAAAAGUCUCAUAACAAGAAACAUCUCAAAGGUGCUGUUGUUGAGGUCACUUGCAAAGCUGGAAGCAAAAUCAUCAAGGCUUAUGGAAAAACUAAGAUCAAUGGAAAGUACAGCAUCACAGUUGAGGACUUUGAUUAUGUCAAAUAUGGUGCCACAGUGUGUAAGGCCGCCCUUUAUGCUCCACCUAAAGGAUCCCCCUUCAACAUCCCUACUAAGCUAAAUGAAGGAACUAAAUUGUACUUGAAAUCAAAGGACAAGUAUGAGGUUGUGCUUAAGGCUAAGCCAUUUGCUUAUGCUUCAAAGAAACAUUUUAAAGAAUGUGACAAGCCCAAGCCUUCACCAACUCCAUACUACUACAAAUCACCUCCACCUCCCUCACCUGUUUACAAGUACAACUCUCCACCUCCACCGGUCCAUUAUUAUUCACCACCAUAUUACUACAAAUCACCUCCUCCUCCAGUAAAAUCGCCACCAACACCUUACUACUACAAAUCACCUCCACCUCCCUCACCAGUUUACAAGUACAACUCACCACCUCCACCGGUCCAUUAUUACUCUCCUCCAUAUUCCUAUAAGUCGCCUCCACCUCCCUCACCAGUUUACAAAUACAACUCCCCACCUCCACCAGUCCACCAUUAUGAUCCUCCAUAUUACUACAAGUCACCUCCACCUCCCUCACCAGUUUACAAGUACAACUCCCCACCUCCACCAGUCCAUUAUUAUUCACCUCCAUAUUACUACAAAUCACCCCCUCCUCCUGUGAAAUCCCCACCACCUCCUUACUACUAUAAAUCACCUCCACCUCCCUCACCAGUUUACAAAUACAACUCACCACCUCCACCAGUCCACCAUUAUGAUCCUCCAUAUAACUACAAGUCACCUCCACCUCCUUCACCUGUUUACAAGUACAACUCCCCACCUCCACCAGUCCAUUAUUAUUCACCUCCAUAUUACUACAAAUCACCCCCUCCACCAGUGAAAUCGCCACCACCUCCUUACUACUAUAAAUCACCUCCUCCUCCCUCACCGGUUUACAAAUACAACUCACCACCUCCACCAGUUUACAAGUACAACUCACCACCUCCACCAGUCCAUUAUUAUUCUCCUCCAUAUUACUAUAAGUCACCUCCACCUCCUUCACCGGUUUACAAGUACAACUCCCCACCUCCACCAGUCCACCAUUAUGAUCCUCCAUACUACUACAAGUCACCACCUCCACCAUCCCCAUCUCCUCCUCCACCAUACUAUUAUAAGUCCCCACCUCCACCAUCACCAUCCCCACCCCCACCAUACUAUUACAAAUCUCCUCCACCACCAUCACCAUCCCCACCACCUCCCUACUAUUACAAAUCACCUCCACCACCCUCACCAUCACCACCACCUCCUUACUAUUACAAAUCUCCCCCACCUCCAUCUCCAUCACCACCACCUCCUUAUCACUAUCAAAGUCCUCCUCCACCAUCUCCCAUUUCUCAUCCUCCCUACUACUACAAAUCCCCUCCACCACCAUCGCCGUCUCCUCCACCUCCUUACCACUAUGUGAGUCCUCCCCCACCAGUAAAGUCACCUCCACCACCAAGUUAUAUCUAUGCUUCACCACCACCACCUAUCUACAACUAACCUCAAACAGCAUAAACACCGUUCUUCAUGAUAAAUCAUAUUCCAGUUUUCAUCCAGUAAUAAAAGCAAGCUCCAUUUGGAGCAAACUGAAAUUUCUAGCUACGUGUCCAAAUUCGUUAAAUAAAUGUCAGGAUGUAUUAUCUUUGAGUUACAAUAUUUGUGAUCCUGACAAUAUUUAUUAUAUUUCUUUGGUGGCAAUCUUGCACUUCCUGGUGUUACUCUAUUCAAGUGAUAGACAAAACAAAAGGGAGAAGCGAGAUUAGUUUAUUUGUGAUAUCUUUGAUUUAUUUGUGCAUAGAUCAAUAUGGAUGUGUAUGAUAGUUUUUUAUUUAUUGAAGAUUUUUUAUUGUAAUCUGCUAUUGUGUUUGCCAAAUGGUUUUAGUAAUAAAGAAUCACAUUCAAUUUCUGUCA